UUAAAUGGAAAAAAAUAGCUAAUGAAUAUUUGAAACAUUAGUGUAAUUAUUAGUGAUUUGUACAUAGCAAAAAGAAGAUUACCUAAUUAUUUUAUUAGUGAGUUGACGAACAGUUCUGUUCAAAGUUGGUUGUGAUUUUAAAAAAAUUUAAUUUAUUAUGGGAGUGAAAUUUUUAAUUUAAAAAAAAAACAGAAACAUGAUUAUGGCUAAAAACAACAAUAGCUUAAUUACUAUUUUAAUAACAUUGUUUUUUUUACUGGUUACCAUUGACACACCAAAUGCAGCCUCAUUAAAUAGCAAACAAAAUGAAUUUCCUGGAUUAUAUACGCUAGAUGAUAAUAUUGAAUUAUUAACAAAUGAUAAUUUUGAUAAAAAAUUAUAUGGUAAAAAAUAUUCAUGGUUAAUUGAAUUUUACAGUAGCUGGUGUGGCCACUGUCAAAAAUUUGCACCAUUUUGGAAAUCAUUUGCUUUAGAUGUACUUGAUUGGACAAAUUUUAUAAAAAUUGGUGCAAUCGAUUGUGCUCAAGAAGAUAACACACCAGUAUGUCGACAAUUCGAGAUAAUGGGUUAUCCAACGGUACUUUAUUUUCAUGAAAACUAUGAAGCUGGUCCAAAAAAUUUUGGUUCACCGAUGAAAUCCUUUGGUGGUGUUGAUUAUUUACGUGCGCAUUUAAUUGAAAUGUUAAAAAAUGAACAAAGUAAAGGUAGUGCAAAACAUAUACCAUCAUUGUUGCCGUAUAUUGAUGAGAAUGUUAACGGUUUAUGGGAUUUAGUUGAAAAUAAACCAUUUGUUUUUGUUAUUGUAGAAAAUACUAAUUCAACAUUAUGUGCUGAAAUCAUUUUAGAUUAUGCUCAUGUAAAUGAUAUUGUUAAUAUUAAGUGUGUGAAAACGAAUUCUAGUUCGAUUUUAAAUAAAUUAAGUAUCGUGCAAAUACCGAGUAGUCCAAUUUUAUUAGUUGUAUUUAAAGAUUUAAGUGUGAUACCGAUAACACCUCGAAAUAAAAGUAGGACUACAUUUAAAAAUGCAAUUAAAGUGUUUUUAGGAUCCAAAGAUAUUGAUAUACCAAAACAAAGUUUAUACGAAUUUAAUAAAGAUUUACGGGAUUCGGUACCAAAUUUUCAAAAUAAUAUCAAAGAAUCCCUAAAUCAAAUGGGUGAUGUAGUUUUUCAAGUUGAUCUAGAAAAUACAAUACAUUAUUCAUUAAAACAUGAAAUUUCAGCAAUGAAAAUUAUUGACGGAGUUAGAUAUGAAGCUUUAAUCGAUUUUUUUAGAGUGCUUAUCAAAUAUUUUCCAUUUGGUAAAAAUGGUAUCGACUUUUUAACUGAAUUAAAAUAUCGGGUAGAACAAAGUGCUGAUAAUACUAUAACGGGUGAAGCGAUAUCUAGUCAUAUUCAUGAUUUAGAGCAACAAUAUGAUCCCGUUUAUUCAUUACCGUUACAAUGGUUAGGAUGUCGAGGUAGUACACCAUCAAAACGUGGUUAUCCAUGUGGUUUAUGGAAAUUAUUCCACGUUUUAACGGUACAAUCUAGUGAAUUAAAUCCGCCGGGUGUUGAUAACAACGAAGUAUUAACCGCAAUGCAUGGUUAUAUUAAAAACUUUUUUGGAUGUACACAUUGUAGUCAACAUUUUCAAAAAAUGGCUACCGAUCGUAAAAUAUUUGAUGUUGUUACACCCGACGAUAGUAUAAUUUGGCUAUGGGAAUCACAUAAUAUUGUAAAUAAACGUUUAGCUGGUGAUGAAACUGAAGAUCCAAGUUUUCCGAAAGUUGAAUUUCCAACAAAUGAAAAUUGUCAAGAAUGUCGUGAUUCAAAUGGUCGCUGGAAUCGUGGUGAAGUUUUAAAAUAUUUGAAACAAGUGUACAGUGCACAAAAUAUUCAAAAGCAAAUGCCAGAUGUAUCCAAUAAAAGUGUAACUAGUGCUAGCAGAGCUUCCAGGAUCAAUUCCUUUGAUCAAACAGGAGGUCUUUAGGAAUGUGCUUCCAAUUCUUGGAUAAUUACGUAUUCUAUAUAAAUUACUGUGAUAAAGCUUUCAAGAAUAAAUUACUUUCUAUCUGUAUUCAUAAAA